AUGUUCAAUAGUUCGUUUGCAAAUAGCAGCUAUUCAAUACCUUGGCUGUAUAAUAUUACCGUUGAGGAUGCUAAUUGGAUUAUUACUAGUUCAUUUAUGAUAUUUACCAUGCAAACUGGCUUUGGUAUGCUAGAAUCUGGAUGCGUUUCCAUUAAAAACGAAGUGAACAUUAUGAUGAAAAAUGUUGUUGAUAUUGUAUUGGGAGGUAUAACAUAUUGGAUGUUUGGCUUCGCCAUAUCGUUUGGUAGAAGCGAUCUAAAUAACGGUUUUAUCGCUCUAGGUGAUUUUUGCAUAAAUCCUACCAUAAAUGAUCCUCUGAAAGGUGCCAUUUUUGCUGCAUUUCUAUUCCAGCUAUCUUUUGCUACCACAGCUACUACGAUUGUCAGUGGUGCCAUGGCAGAACGUUGCAAUUUCAAAGCCUAUUGCCUGUUUAGGUAA